ACGUCAAUACAUUUUAUAUCAAUAACAAGCUACGUUUGUAAAUAAUCGUGGCAAGGGAGAUUGCAAUAAAACGGAUGCCGUUCAAUUAAUACUUUCAUUUUCUUUUUUUUUUUCAUAAACGUGUGAAAGGGGUGCGUGUAAAACGAAAAUGGCAGAAUUUGUGCGUGGAGGUCCGAGCGUGUCGAACAAUGCUAAGAUGGAUCACAAUAGUAAAGAAGGAUCUCCUAGCACUGGCAGUGAAGAUGGUGGACAGAAUGAAUCUAUGAAUGCGGAAAAUGAAUUUGAUCCAUUUCUUGAAAAUAUUCCUGAUGAUAUACAAGACACAGAAGAACCUGAUAGUGCUAAUGCAACAUUAUUAACAGCUCCUCCAGAAAACCAGUGGUACCAUGGUAGGCUAGAUAGAUUUACAGCAGAUGAGAGACUGUGGGAAGGAACUAAAAUGAGUAGUUAUUUAGUGCGCGAGAGUGAUAGGAAGCCUGGAAGUUAUGUGUUGUCCUAUCUGGGAAGAACUGGUAUUAAUCACUUUAGAAUUACUGCUGUCUGUGGGGACUAUUAUAUUGGUGGCAGACAGUUCAAUAGUUUGUCAGACCUUGUUGCAUAUUAUACUCACUGUUCUGAUCUUUUAAAGAGAGAAAGACUUAUACAUCCUACUCCACCCCCUGAACCAGUGAACGAUAAGAAGCGAAUUGUUGCCAUACUGCCAUAUACAAAAAUGCCUGAUACAGACGAAUUAAGCUUUCAGAAAGGUGACAUAUUUUUUGUGCAUAACGAUAUGGGCGAUGGUUGGUUAUGGGUCACCGCUCACAGAACCGGAGAACAGGGCUUGAUUUUUCGUGAAUUAGUGGAAGAUUUAGAUGAUUCCAUUGAUCCUAAUACAGUUUUCUCUUGGUUCCACCCUAACGUCACUAAAAGUGAAGCUGUUGAUAUGUUGGUGAAAGCAGGACCUGGAAGCUUUCUUGUCAGACCAUCAGACAAUAGUCCAGGAGAUUAUUCGCUUUUCUUUCAUAUAAACAAUCAGAUUCAAAGAUUUAGAAUUGAAAAAAAAGGGGUUCGAUACCUUAUGGGUGGCAGAACUUUUGAAUGCCUUGAUGCUGUUAUUAAUAGAUACCGGAAAGAGCAAAUAGUAGAAGGUCAUACUUUAGUUCAAGCGAUGGUCACUGAACCUGAUGGCAGUGUAAGAGUGAACAGAGAGGUGCAGCACGCAGAAAAGAUAUAUGCAACUCUUAGAGAAUGUCGUGAACAAUCCGGAGCGAAGAAAAAUAAAGGAAUUAAAAUGCAAGGGUAUCUGGAGAAGAAAUCCGAGAAAAAUAAAAAAUGGAAAGCACUGUAUUUUGUACUUUUGGUAGAUGCCACAGACACUCAUUUGUAUUUGUAUGAGAAUCCGAAAAGAACCAAACCUAAAGGUCUCAUAGAUUUAAACUGUGCUUAUUUAUAUCAGGUUCAUGAAAGUGUGUUCGAUAGACCUCAUUGCUUUCAACUAGUUGAACGUGCUUUACCAUGUUUGGCCACGAUAACAUAUUUGGCAGCUCCGAACUCAGAGAACGCUUUAGAUUGGAUUAAUGCCUUGAAACCGUUAUGUGUAUCACAGCUUAUACGUGCUCCGAAGGUUGCCCGACUCCGUGAAUUGCGUUCGUUACAUCUUCACAUUUUAGAUGCACAUAGACUUCCAUAUAAACUAGUACCAAAUCCAUUCAUCAUAGUGGCUCUGAAUAAUGUAAAAGUUGCUCGUACAAAAGUUAAAACUGGUCUACAUCCGAUUUGGGAUGAAGAAUUCAUUCUGGAGGAUGUACCAGCUGAUGUUAUGCUGUUCUCGUUAACGUUAUACAACAAAGGUAAACGUAGUAAAGAUAUAGAAGUUGCAGAGUUGCGCAUCGAACUGGCAAGCUUGACAAACGGAGAAGAGAUGGACGAGUGGUAUCCGUUAUCAGGAGUUACUCCAAUCGGGGAAUGGGGUGUGCUACGUUUACGUAUAAGAUACCGACACGAUUUGGCGAUGCCUCCAGAAGAAUACAGUCCGUUGCAGCAGUUAUUACUAGAUCCCGAUUUACAUGUCGUAAGGGCAUUAGCGGAUGUGUGUCAUUUGGAUAGAGUACCAUUGGCAAAUAGUUUACUUAGAAUAUUUAGGCAUGAAAGAAAAGAAGCUGAUCUAUUAAAAUCACUGAAUCAAGCAGAAGUGGACAAAGAAGAUGAGACACCAACAUUAUUUCGAGCUGCCAGCCUUACAACUACUUUAAUGGAUUUAUACAUGAAAUCAGUUUGUACCUCGUUUUUAAAAGCAGCAUUACGCGACACGAUAGUGAAAUUGAUCGAAAGCAAACAGAGUUGUGAAUUAAAUCCAACCAAAAUGGACUCACCGGAAGACGCGUGCAGUAAUGCUGAAUUUUUGCUACAGGUUUUAGAUGAAGUAACAUUGAGCAUUUUUACAAGUCCCGACGCUUGUCCAAGAACUUUAAGAUAUAUCUGCGGAUGCUUGCAAAGAGCGGUCGUUGCCAAAUGGCCACAUGAAAGACUAGUCAGAACGCGAGUAGUCAGUGGAUUUAUAUUUUUACGUCUACUCUGCCCAGCCAUAUUAAAUCCUAGGUCAUUUAAUUUAAUAGCUGAACCGCCUCCACCAGCUGCUGCAAGAUCGUUAGUAAUGGUCGCAAAAUGUUUACAAAAUCUGGCGAAUUUAGUAGAAUUUGGUGGUAAAGAGCCAUACAUGGAAGUGGUGAAUCCGUUCAUACUUAAGAACAAAGAACGUAUGGUCGUUUUUCUCGAUCAAUUAUCGAAUGUAACUGAGAAACCGGAGUCUGAAGGCGCUGAUCUGACAAACAAGAGUUGCGUGUCAGACACAGCAAGAGAUUUGGCUACUUUGCAUCACAUUUGUGUUUCUCACUUAAAAGAGUUGCAAGUUCUAUCAAAGACACAGCCGACAAUAAAACAGUUGGUGACGGUUACUGAAAUGUUGAGCAAACAUAAGCAAAAAUAUAUGGAAAUGAUACAGUAGCGCUAAAUCCAUACGCCAUGAAUAAUGCCAAACGUAACAAAAACAAUUCAUAAGAUCUGACGACAGAUGCGCAGUAGUAUUUAAUAAUUAUCAUUAAGUGAUUUAAGUAAUUAAACGUACAGACUGACGUGCCAUAUAUAUUAUUGUAUACUAUACACACAAGCCUACAUUUACCAUUUCGUAUGUAAUUAGAAGAUAGUUUAUACAUAUAUUAAACAGUAACAUGACAGUGAUAUAGUGACAUACAGAAUCAUAUAGGCGUAUAACGAUAUUAUAUUUACAUAGGUGCUCGAAA